GGUGGAGUUGAUGGAGGGGAUGGAGUGAGGGGGUGAUUGUUGUGAGGGUGUUUGUGGGUCGUAAGGGGUGGGGAUGGGAGGAAGCGACCGGUUUGGCUGUCGUGGACACGACUGUGCGACUGCGAUUGCUUCGACAUCAUCAUUGCCAUCAGCGUCAUUAACUGCCAUUCCAAGAACAUGGCGGCUAUGGUAAUGGCUGCACUGUUCGUCUCUGCACGUACGGCUGUCUCACAUACCGGCGCAACCACUGCCGCACUGCUGAGUGUGCGUUACUCAUACAUACUCAGCCAUGACCUCGUUGUUCCAUUCGCAAACCCAACGCCAAAGCCGCACCCGUCCUAAACGUCGACGUGGACGACGACAACGGCAUCCGAAGUCGCUCACACUCAAUAUGGCAGAGUCAACGUACGUACGCAGGUACUUUCGUCGCCUGCUAGCGUAAAGGCAGGAAAAGGACUUGCUCUACACGAUCGGAUCUCGAUGACCAGCAAGGAGAGGCCAGACGGCAGCUCGAGACUUUCCGUCGCCACUAACACCAUCACCACUCGCGCGGUCACACAGACCCAACGCCCUUCGCUACUGCUCCCUAGCGGUGCGGUUCUCCUCAGCUCCACCUCCGCCUCAACCUCCAUAUACCCCGCUCCUGCGGAUGGUUACUCCCACUCAUACGGGUAUAUUCACCCUCUGUCAUUCUGCUCAAAUCCCCCGUCGACUACGGAAACGGCGUAACUCGCCACCACUGCUACACUUCCUGCAUCGUCAAUGCACCAAGCUGCCUACGAGGGCGCAGAGGCCACUUCGGAAAAUUUUAGUUCACGGGCCACUUGUGGGCCUGCCCACACAGAAAACAGAACCAGAAUGAUGGCGCUG